AAUCAUUGGAUCCUAAACUGAUACUAUUUUCAACUGAAUUUGAAAUCAGAAAUACAAUGGAAAAGGUUUCAACAGCUAUGUAUGGAAUUUUAAAAUCAAUUGGCAUAAAUUUUUCAUCUCAUGAAUAUAUUCAAAUCAUUCAAGAUUGUUUUAAUAGUAUUAGUAAUAUACACUUUGAUAAUGAUGAUAAAGAAAUAGAAAUAGAUUUAAAUUAUGAUAAUGCCAAAUUGGUAAUUGAGGAACAUUAUUCAUUUUUUGAUAUAAUUAAUCAUUGGAUAUGUUCGAAACCUUUAGAUCCUAUUAAAGUUAUGAAAGAAAUGGCAUUAUACAGAGAAGCAGCUUUACGAAUUGAAAGAAUGAAUGCUACAGAAAAAUCCACUUUCUGA